CCUGCGACCUACCCUCACGCCGACGGUUGAAUAUCUCAGCUCUUCUCUGACAAGCGGCAAGGAUCGCCUGCCCCUGCUCUUCAGUCGAACGCAGCUUCGCUCGAUUCCGCUCUACAGAGGCUCCGCCUGUCUGCACCCGUUGAAGCGUGGGCCGACCCGCCUGUCAUGAACUCGGGAGUACGCAGCGUACAUUUCGACGUUUCACGGAGCCGCCCGCAACGCAGCCACCCGCCCUUGCGCUACGCCCCGAUGCCUCCCGCGCCAUCGCUACCCGCGGCGGCGGGAGCAGAUGUUGUGUCCAAAGGAACGGAGCAACCCUCCGACGCUUCCAUGCAUAUGGGGCCCGUUCGGCACGAGCAUGCCAUUAGAUCGCGCGCGGAGAAGGUUGUCUGGUUCGCCUCUGAGGGGCCUCCGCUCACGGCUGUCGCGCUUCCUCCCACGAUUGCGAACGUCGGCGAUGUGUACGUUCAUAAGACCCUUGGGAGCGUGCAGAUUUGGCUGCGCGCCGCGUCGGGAACGUGGUUGCCUAUCGCUGAGCAGCACCCGCACCCAAUCAUAACAGGCUACGUCCUGCGCCUCCUCGAAAACGGCGAUCCGCGUUGGGUGACGAAGGAGACGUUUCGUACCUAUGUUGGGCGCCAGAAGAAGUUGGAGCAAUCUGCUUAUCUCUCGUAAGGCAGCAUCGAGCGCGUGAUAUGGCCCAGGAGACCUAUACAUAGCUUACAAUAAUGCGCAUGUACUAUCGAGACUCGACGACUCGGCGUUAACAAGGCGUUGUUUGGUGCCUUCCGGCUUCGCCUGCUUCGUUCGCUC